AUGCCUGCCGACAUGAAUUUGUCGACGUCACCAGCCGAUGCGGGUUUCAUGGCACAUCAUGGCUCUGGAAUUGACUCGAAUUUGCCCAUUUACGGAGGAAACUUGGAAACUUCAGCUGAGUCAGAACGUGGAAUCCAUCAUAUUGCUGAUUCUCAUGGUGAUUUUGAUUCGGUAAAAUCUCCAAACGAAGCACAUUUGUCUUUCUCUCCUGAUUUCGUUUCUCCUGGUAUCACAGGGAGCGCUCAAUUUUCUGCAAACAUGGAUCACGAGUAUGCAGUACAACAUCAAUCACCCGAAUCUCCCGCGUCCAAGUCCCAAACUCUGCCUGAGUAUGAAGCCUCGAAAUCUCCAGGAGACAUGGACUUCGCUUUGCCUACUAGUGGUGGUGCUCAGCAUGAGCCCUUCGAUACUUCGAUGCUAAGUCGAUCUCAGGAACUAAGCAGAUCUCCUGAAACAGGUUUUUUACCGUCAAAUCUUGGCGAUUACACCAAGGAUGUGACGGGAUUCCAGGAACCAUCACAUCCACAUCCUCAAACAACGACAGCAGAUGAUGAAUUCCCAGUUCAUGAGAUAAGUGUGGGUGGUGGGAAGGUUAUUCCGGAGGUUACAGAUCAGGUGGAGUUAAGUGACUACCCACCGGACAAUAUGCCUCCGAUUCAUGGAGAUUUAAUGUAUCAGUUGCAGAAGGAAUGUACUUCACAGCCUGCAGAUUCCACAACCUAUGAUGGUCCACCCAUUGGAUUCAUGGAUGUUACUUCUGGACGACCGGUAGAAGAAAUUGUCCACAGUCCCAGUUCCGAAGUAUCAAACGGCUCUGUGAUUCAUACCGAAGCUGCUCCCAUUCCACCUGGUUUUAUUCCGGAAGCGGUCUCUUCCUCCUUCCCUACCGCCACCGCAACAUCACCCAACUCUGGAGCACCUUCCGGUUUCUCCAGUCAGCAUCCAUUGCUUUACAGCCAACAUCAACCGGAGGUUUAUGAAGGCGACAAUGAAGCAGUUGGUGAAGCGGAAACAGAUCCAUCCUUCCAUCAGAAGUCUCCCACUACUACUCUAGCUGGAACAGGAGAUAUGGAAGUACCAUUUUCUAAGUCACCAGCGUCACCACAUCGUGAUGAAGCCAACGGUUUCGAGGCUGGAGACUUUACAAAGGGCACUGAUCCUUCAGAAAAGCCUGCAGGUGGCACUGACAGCAGUGGUACCGUUCCCUUUGAUCCACUAACUCAAUGGGGCCACCCACAGGGAAUGCCAGCUCCAGUGAUGCCUUCCAGAACGACGUUGGGCCGUUCCUCAAGACCUACAACUGCUCGCUCAUCAACUUUGGGCACGAAGGCCUCUACACCUUCCACAACCUCCAAAGCACCAGAGACCCUCCCUCCGGGUUCACCAAUCCACUUAGAUGUCAUCUGGGUUCCGGGCUACAUAAUUCGUGUUCCCUUUGCCAUGGCAAUGCAAUUUUUCACCCAAGUCCGAGCCCGGAUCUAUGUGCUCUCUGGAGAGUGUUUGCAUCCCAUUACGGGUGAAGCGCUUAUUGCUGGAAUCUCCAGAUGGAAGCCUGAAGAACGUGAAGCAGUAAUGAAGAUGAGCGGUGGCCGAGGUGUUGAAGGCAUCAACGUAGUUCCCACUGACGAACCCUUGGAAUGGGUUCGUUGGUUGCGUCGAAGUAGUGGCGGCAGUGGCGAUGGCAGCGGUACAGGUGAGGAGCGUCUUCAAGCUGUUGGAGUCACCAUUCAUUCCUCUGCCACCCUGUGCGAUAUACACUUCUCCGACAAUGGAACCGAGAUCACCUGUCCAGGUACUCAACUGCCCGUCUAG